CCGAGAGCGACAUCGAGAUCAGUGUCUUGAAGCCUUCCAGCUCAGCACUCUCGCCAGCACUUUGCAGCUUGGCACCCCCUUGUAUUCGAGGCGUACGAAGGACAGAAGCUUUGGAUGUCUCCCCGUAUGUCGUCUCUUCCCUCCAAUACGCACGCACUGAAACGACGUGGGCUAACCAUCAAUGCUCAGACCGCCAGAGGGGUUGGGCUCUGCAAGGCACGGCCGAAGCUAGAAGAUGGUGAGGGAUCAUGACGCUCCAGGAGAAGGAAAACGAGGCGUAAAUAAGACUCAUCGUGCUCCCGUACUUUUGCUCUGUUGUUCGUCCCGAGCGUGACCCUCCAGCUAUUUCAAGGUCGUGCCAAGCAACCAUGGGAUAAGGGACCCUGAUCACGAUCACCACACUCAAUAAUUCAACAUGAACACCUUCAACCCUCGUCGGGUCUCGUACCUCAGACCGCCUACCACGGUCAUUGAGGUGCGCGAGUCUUGGGCGUCGCCAUACCCUUCGCUCAGCUCCAUCGGAUAUCCCCCUUCAGAAAGAUCAGCCGACGAGAGGUUCGCAUCUGCUGUUUGGAAACGCACAUUCAACCAUGUUGAUUACGCAGCGUACAAGGCAGCCUGUGAUGCUGAGAGAGAGGCGAAGCCAGAACGGGAUCCCGAUGUCUUCUCAACGACAUCGAGUGGAACGCGGAAAGGUUUCUCAAGACUGGGUGCAAUGCUCACCAUUUACCCCUAUCGCGAUAUGGGAUGGCUUGUCACCAUGGUCUUCAUCGGAGCCGGGAUCUGCCUCUCCCUGAACGGGAUUUUCAGCCUCAUUCAUCUUCUCGACCCUAAGCUUGACUUUCCUGGACGCGACACAGGAGUACAGGUCACCGUUACCCUAGGCAGCGCUUUGCUCGCUCUCAGCGCCUUCAUGGGUCUGCUUGCUGCAUUCAACGUCGAUAGAGGCACUCUGGACCCGAAGAAAGAUGCCCCCGAUGCUUACAAGCCAGCGCUUCUGGGCAGCGAAGAAUGGGUCUGGUGGCCCAGCUGGUACGAAUUUCGCAACAUCUUCUGGCCAAGCUCAGCUUUCCGCGCCGGUAUCCUCCAACUACUCGCCGGCUCCUUCUUCACCAUCGCCGCGAUCGCUAUCCUACCUGGCGUCCUCGACCUCACACACCCCGACGCCUCCAUCAUCUUCGUAUCUGCACCUCAACUUAUUGGCGGCAGCCUUUUCGUGCUUGCCGGCCUACUCAUGAUCUUCUUGUCCCAGGACAAGUGGUACGUCCCGAAGCUGCUUGACGCUAGUUGGCAAAACGGAUUUUGGAAUUUGGUUGGCGCAAGUGGAUUUUUGGCUAUCGGCGUUGUGACUUUGCUCGCAAAGACUGCGACUGUGGCAAUUGCGUCACUGUUUCUUAUGAGCGGACUCGGGUUCUUGAUUGCCAGUCUGAUCCAGUGGUACAUCAUUAUGGAGUUCUACCCGGUCGAUCCUUACGUGAAGGAUCCGACACAGGUGGCAGAAAUUCCUUCGCAAUCAAUCUAUUAA